CGUUAUAGUAUGUAUGUUAAGUAGGUAGGUAGGUAGGUAGGUAAGUAAAGUAUGUCGGCCGUUCUCGAGGGUUGGAUGGGAUGGUAGAUUUAGGUAUGUAAAUGCUAAUGGAGGAGAACGGUCCUUUUGGGCGUGGAUGCAGAGUGUGGUUUUGUUGGGUUAUCUACCUACCUACCUAUCUAACCUAUCUAUGUAGUGUAUGCUGAUGGGACAUCCGUACCUUUUCGCACCGGGCCGAGCGGUGUGAAGGAAAAGAAGGGGACAUCAAGGGCCUUUCUUCUGGGGUAAGGGGCGACGGUGAGAAGAUUGGUGCGUACCUAAUGUGGACAUAGAUGAUAGUAGUGCAUCUCUCGGCUAAUGGGCGCCGGGCGGUGGAGUUCUCGUCAUUUCCUGGGAAGUUUGACGAUGGAGAUGGUAAGUGCUAGUAGCAGCUAGUGUAAGUAUGGGGAAGAGGCAAAAAAGACCCUUUUUCUCUUGUUUCUUUUUCCUUCCGGCCACAUGGUUCCUUUACCUCGGAGACUCAUCCGUAGUACGGGGGACUAGGUCGGGGUUGGGUUGGGGCCUGCACUCCGCCUUGCUUCUCCGCUUGCUUUCGACCCUGAUACGAGCCUAUUUGACCGAGUUCCCCAUGGGAUAGUAGUGUAUGGAUUAGGCCGAGAACAUGGCAUGUGGGUAUUAAGAAGCGAAUCCUAAAUGUUUAUGAUAAGCUAUUUUCUUGGUUUGUGUUGUCAGUCGUUAAGGACUAGUGUUCUCGAGCCAACGGAGAUAGAUAAAACUAAGGUAAAUUUAGUUUACGACGCAGGGACAAUUAUGACAACUUUAUCAAUAACUAACCAGUAAAUGAAACGUCAAACCAAAAAAAGAAAAAUAAAACUAUAACCCUAAAAAAUAUACUUUCUACUUGGAGAGUGACAUAUUGUGGGGGUCAAAACACCGCCGUGGGAUACACGACGCGUGUAGCAAAACUCGGGGUGAAUGCAACCUACCUACCUCCCAAACUUUGGCACCUUCGUCCUGGUUCCAGAAAACGUAAUACGCCCAGACUUAAAGACGGAGCUAGUUCGAGCAAGGUUUACAAGGCCGUGACCCCGAGGGGAUAGCUGUCCGGGGCCUAGAGUCUGGGCGUUUUUUUUUUGCGGGUUGUCCUCGUGCUUGGGACGUGGAGACGCUUACUUUGUUCUCAUCUCGUCUGGGGAGUGGAGGUGGGUCCUUCAGCAGUAGAAGAAACCUUGGCUGCGCGGACAAGAGAGAUCUAGGUUAGGUUCAUUAACUGUGCCGUGGUGUUGGGUUAGAUCACACACACACACACACACACACACACACAUAGUGUACACAGACACACCACGCAUCUACAUAAGAAGAUCUUACUCCCCUUGAU